AUGACCUCCUCUAAUAGUCAAGUGCCUGCAGCGUCCAAUGGCAUGACCUCCGGCACUAAUAGCCAUGUGCCUGCAGCAUCCAUUGUUGGUCCUUCCAGUGGUGAUCUUAUAGCAGCACUGUUCACACAAUUGAACAUCAGCAGCAACAAUGCUGCCUCAUUAACCUCUGUCCUGCAGGGGGUCAUACAGAACGCAGUCGUUGCCGCUAUUCAGGAAGUGGCUACUGCUGCUCAAGGAGUCACUAUUGCAGCUCAUGCUUCUACCAUUCCACCUGUGGCCACUGCACCAUCCGUCAUCACUCCUCAUACCAUUCCGCUCAUAGCCACCACACUGGCAACUACUGCAAUCACUUCCACCCCACCACUGGUUACCGCACCCCCAGUUGUUACUGCUGCAACUUACACAUGGACUCAUCUCGGGGUGAUAUACAUCAUUCCUGAGCCCAAUUCUGUCGGUCCUUUCUACUGGAUCAACCAUGGGCGUCGCAUUGGUGUUGUUGCAACUUGGCAACAGACAUCUAGUUAUGUGACCGGGGGGAUUAGAUUGAUUGAGGAAGCAAUUGACCGCGGGGAUACCGAAGUAAUCAAAUGA